AUGAUGGUGUUCCUCGCUCUCCUUGCAGGCGCGCGAGCCCUGCGGCCCGCGGCGCGGCCGCGAUCGCUGGCGCGCGGCUUGGCGACGCGGCGUCCGGCGGCCUACGACGUCGCCGAGGUCGAGGCGCGGUGGCAGGCGCGCUGGGACGACGAGAAGACCUUCGCGAGCGAGCGGCGCGAGGGCCGCGAGAAGAAGUACGUGCUCGACAUGUUCCCCUACCCGAGCGGGUCCGGCCUGCACGUGGGCCACCCGGAGGGCUACACGGCGACGGACAUCAUGAGCCGCUACUGGCGCAUGCGCGGCUACGACGUGCUCCACCCCAUGGGCUGGGACGCCUUCGGCCUGCCGGCGGAGCAGCACGCCAUCAACACGGGCACGCACCCGCGGGAGACGACCCUGACGAACAUCGGCACCUUCAAGCGCCAGCUCAAGUCGCUCGGCCUCUCGUACGACUGGGACCGGGAGCUGUCGACGACGGACCCCGACUACGUGCGCUGGACGCAGUGGAUCUUCCUCCAGCUCUUCAAGGUGGGCCUCGCGGAGCAGAAGGAGGUGCCCGUGAACUGGUGCCCGGCCCUGGGCACGGUCCUCGCGAACGAGGAGAUCAUCGACGGCCUCAGCGAGCGCGGGUCGCACCCCGUCGUCCGCGCGCCGCUGCGCCAGUGGGUGCUCAAGAUCACGGACUACGCGGACAAGCUGCUCGACGGCCUCGACGACCUCGACUGGCCCGCGGGGACCCUGCGGUCCCAGCGCGAGUGGAUCGGCCGGUCCGAGGGCGCCGCGGUGAAGUUCCGGGUCCAGGGCUUGGAGGACGAGACCGUCGAGGUCUUCACGACGCGGCCGGACACGCUCAUGGGCGCGACCUACGUGUGCCUGGCGCCGGAGCACCCCCUCGUGGCGCGCCUGUCGGACUCGAACCGGGAGGCCGUCGACGCGUACGUCGCCGCGGCGGCGCGGAAGUCGGAUCUGGAUCGGACGGCGACGUCGGAGAAGACGGGCGUGCCCACGGGGAGCUCGGUCGUCCACCCGCUCACGGGCGAGGCCCUGCCCCUCUGGGUCGCGGACUACGUGCUCGGCGCCUACGGCACGGGCGCCGUGAUGGCCGUGCCCGCGCACGACGCGCGCGACUUCGCGUUCGCCGAGGCCUUCGACCUGCCCGUCAAGGUCGUCGUCGAGUCCAAGGCCGGCGCCGAGGACGAGCUGCCCUUCGUCGGGUCGGGCGUCGCCGUGAAUUCCGGCGAGAAGUACGACGGCCUGAAGACGGCCAAGGCCAAGAAGGCCGUGACGUACGAUCUCGAUCAACAGGACGCGGGCGGCACGCAGGUGACCUACAAGCUCCGCGACUGGGUCUUCAGCCGCCAGCGCUACUGGGGCGAGCCCAUCCCCAUCACCUUCCCCGUGCUCGACGGCGACGGCGCGCCGUUGCAAGCGGACGGCGCCGUCGACCCGCGGACCGCGGCCGACGAGGCGUUCGUGGUGGACUACGCGAACCCCGCGCCCGUGCCCGAGGGCGAGCUGCCCCUGAAGCUGCCGGAGACGGACGACUACGCGCCCGGCGACGACCCGGCCGGGUGCCUCGCGCGCGUCAAGGACUGGCGCUUCUACGUCGAGGACGGCCGCUGGCGCGCGCGCGAGACGAACACGAUGCCCCAGUGGGCCGGCUCCUGCUGGUACUACAUGCGCUACGCGGACAACGCCAACGACGAAAAGAUGAUCGGCGACGCCGCGGACAAGUCCUGGCUGCCCGUGGACCUCUACGUCGGCGGCGCGGAGCACGCGGUGCUCCACCUGCUCUACGCGCGGUUCUGGCACAAGGUGCUCUACGACAUCGGCGCGACGACGCACGAGGAGCCCUUCGCGAAGCUCGUGCACCAGGGCCUCAUCCUCGGGUCCGACGGCGAGAAGAUGUCCAAGUCGCGGGGCAACGUCGUGAACCCGGACGAGGUCAUCGGCGAGCACGGCGCGGACGCGCUGCGGCUCUACGAGAUGUUCAUGGGGCCGCUCGAGGCCGUCAAGCCCUGGCAGACGGCCCAGGUGUCGGGCGUCGUGCGCUUCCGGGACCGCGUCUACGCCGCGUGCGCCAAGGCGUCCGCGGACGCGCCGCCGCUCGACCAGGAAACGGACGCGCUGCUCCACAAGACCAUGCGCAAGGUCACGGGCGACAUCGACGCCCUCGGCUUCAACACGGCCAUCUCCGCGCUCAUGGUCCUAGCGACGAAGCUCUCCGGCCUCGAGACGCCGCCCGCGGACGCGUGCGAGAAGCUCGCCUUGAUGGUGAGCCCCUUCGCGCCGCACCUCGGCGAGGAGUGCUGGCGGCUCCUCGGCCACGCUGAGUCCCUCGCGUACGCGCCCUGGGUCGAGUGGGACGAGGCCAAGUGCGUCGACGCCACCGUGACCAUGGCCGUCCAGGUCAACGGCAAGGUGAGGGCGACGAUCGAGCUCGCGCCCGACGCGCCGGAGGACGAGGCGCGGGCCCUCGGCCUCGGCGACGCCGCCGUCGCCAAGUUCACGGACGGCAAGGACAUCAAGAAGGUCAUAUACGUCCCGGGCAAGAUCCUCAACGUCGUCGUCGCCAAGUAG